UUCAAUUCGAGGUUAUAUUUAUUUUAUUUCGCCAUGUGCGAUGUUAACAGUUUAUUACCUAUAUUAAUGAAAAUAUCAAAAUAGUCUAAGUUUACAUAAGAAAAGUAAUUGCUGCAAUCAUGAAAGUUAAAGUAAUUAGUCGUGACCCAAACGACUUUCUUCGUGAGACCAAAAAGGAAAAUCACAAAGUGCCCAGAAACUAUGACCCAAGUCUGCAUCCUUUUGAAGCAGCGCGUGAAUAUGUCCGAGCACUAAAUGCAACCAAACUAGACCGUGUUUUUGCCAAACCAUUUAUUGGCAAUCUUGAUGGCCAUCGGGAUUCAAUAUCAUGCAUCAGUAAGCAUCCAAUUCAUCUUACUACACUUAUAAGUGGUGCAUUUGAUGGUGAAGUAAGGGUGUGGGAUAUUACUCAGAAGAGAUGCAUGAGGGAAUUUGUUGCACAUGAUGGCAUUCUGCAAGGUGUUGUGUACAUGCCUCAUGGCAAUGCUUUUUUGACUAUUGGUGAUGACAAAAAUAUUAAAAUGUGGAAGUCACUCACUCCACAGUUUGGUGAAGAGGAAGCUCCAGUUAACACUAUGCUCAGUAAGAGUGUAUUAUCUGCAAUAAGUCAUAGUUACAGGGAUAAAACAUUUGCUACAUGUGGAGAAGUUUGUCAGAUUUGGGAGGAGGGCAGGAAUGAACCUAUCAAGACAUUCCAAUGGGGUGUUGACAGUAUGCAUGCUGUAGCUUUCAAUCCAGUGCAAAAUAACUUGAUGGCAGUUUGUGCCAGUGACAGGAGUGUAAUUUUAUAUGAUACAAGGGAAGCAGGACCAUUGCGGAAAGUUGUGAUGAAGUUGAGAGCCAAUAAAUUGGCAUGGAAUCCAAUGGAGGCAUUUAUUUUCACUUGUGCCAAUGAAGAUUUUAACCUGUACUCAUUUGAUACGAGAAAUUUGCGGCAACCAGUCAACAUUCACAAAGACCAUGUUGAUGCCGUAACUUGUAUUGACUAUGCGCCCACUGGUAAAGAAUUUGUCACUGGAAGUUAUGACAAGUCUAUAAGGAUAUUCGAAUGUGGCAAGGGACAUUCCCGCGAGGUGUAUCACACCAAGCGAAUGCAGCGACUCACGUGCAUUCAAUGGUCCCUAGACAACAAAUACAUUUUAAGUGGUUCUGAUGAAAUGAACAUUCGUAUAUGGAAGGCGCGAGCGUCCGAAAAACUUGGACCUUUAAAACCAAGGGAAAAGGCCGCUUUGAAUUAUGCUGAUGCUUUACGUGAGAAAUUUGCUAGCCAUCCGCAAAUCCGUCGUAUUGCUCGACAUCGUCAUGUGCCUAAACAUAUCUACAACGCGCAGCAAGAACACCGAACGAUUCACGAGAAGGAGAAGCGCAAGGAGAGCAAUCGUCGCACCCAUUCCAAAAAGGGAUCGGUUCCAUUCGUACCUGAGAGGCAAAAGCAUGUGCUCAGGGAGGAAAAAUAGUUGUUUAUUAUUGAUUUAUUCUUAUCUCACCAGAAGUAAUAAAGUUCAUGAACCCAA